AUGGAAAGUGUACUCGCAAUUGGCGUCGGGCUAGGUUUGCGUAUGGUCGUCGAUGCUGCCACGGAUGAUCACAAAGUAGGAGGUGUCCUCGUCGGCCUAUGGGAAGGAGUAGUUUUGAAUCAUUUUGUUCGAAAAAUGCCCCGGUCAUUCGACCCCUACAUCGCCUUGGCCUUCCGGGUAUUCGUAGACUUCUUGUUUACCCAAUCGCUCUCUCGCAUGGCUCUUGUCGCCUUGUGGACAGUGGUGGGC